UGGGGGAAAUGCUGCUUUGUGAUGGGGCGGAGAGCCUUGGGCACUGCUCCUGAGCCCUAACCUCCAGCAGGCUUGCCCUUCCUUUCCCUCUAAAUUCCUUGUCUGGCAUUCUCUCUAAUAAAUGCCUGUGGCCACAGGGGGGAGUGACCUCAACAAGCCCCUGCCUACCCUAGGCAUAGAGGGAGGUAGGGUGAGACAGCCACCACAGGGGACAGGGACACUCACUGUGCCCUGCAGCUUCUUAGUCCUCCAGGGAGCCAGGACAGCACGCAAAAGGGACAGAGCACUGAACACUGUCGGCGUUGGCAGCGCGCGGCAGGACAAGGGCCAUGCUCCCAGUCUGCCCGCGCUUCUUCCUCCUGGUGGUUCUGGGCACCCGCUGGGCGGGCUGGGGCAGCCACCAGGCAGAGGCCGCGCGGGUAAGGCAGUUCUAUGUGGCUGCUCAGGGGAUCCUCUGGAACUAUCAUCCUGAGCCCACAGAUCCAAGUUUGAAUUCUAUACCUUCCUUCAAGAAAAUUGUCUACAGAGAGUAUGAGCCAUAUUUUAAGAAAGAAAAACCACGAGCUAGCAACUCAGGACUUCUUGGACCUACUUUAUACGCUGAAGUUGGUGACAUCAUUAAAGUUCACUUCAGAAACAAAGCAGACAAACCGCUAAGCAUCCAUCCUCAAGGGAUUAAGUACAGUAAAUUUUCAGAAGGGGCUUCCUACCCAGACCACACAUCCCCUGCCGAGAGGAAGGAUGAUGUCGUGGCUCCUGGAGAAGAAUACACCUAUGACUGGAUCGUCAGUGAGGACAGCGGGCCCACGCCUGAUGACCCACCAUGCCUCACCCACAUCUACUAUUCCUAUGAGAACCUGACCCAGGAUUUCAACUCGGGUCUGAUUGGGCCUCUGCUUAUCUGCAAGAAAGGCACCCUGACUGAGGAUGGGACUCAGAAGAUGUUUGACAAGCAACAUGUACUUCUGUUUGCUGUGUUUGAUGAAAGCAAGAGCUGGAGCCAGUCACCAUCCCUAAUGUACACAAUCAAUGGCUUUGUGAACAGGACGAUGCCAGAUAUAACAGUCUGUGCCCAUGAUCACGUCAGCUGGCAUCUGAUCGGGAUGAGCUCGGGGCCAGAAUUGUUUUCUAUUCACUUCAACGGCCAAGUCUUAGAGCAGAACCAGCAUAAAGUGUCCACCGUCACUCUGGUCAGCGCGACAUCUACGACUGCAAACAUGACUAUGAGCCCAGAAGGAAAAUGGAUUGUUUCUUCUCUCAUCCCAAAGCAUUAUCAAGCUGGGAUGCAGGCUUACAUUGACAUUAAAAACUGCCCAAAGAAAACAAGGAGCCCCAAGACCCUCACUCGAGAGCAGAGGCGGCACAUGAAGAGGUGGGAGUACUUCAUCGCCGCAGAGGAGGUCAUUUGGAACUAUGCACCUGUGAUACCUGCGAAUAUGGACAAAAUAUACAGGUCUCUGCACUUGGAUAAUUUCUCAAACCAAAUUGGAAAACAUUACAAGAAAGUUAUCUAUAGGCAAUAUGAAGAAGAGACCUUCACCAAACGCACCGACAACCCCAGCAUCAAACAAAGUGGGAUUCUGGGCCCUGUUAUUAGAGCCCAGGUCAGGGACACACUCAAGAUCGUGUUCAAAAACAUGGCGAGCCGACCCUACAGCAUUUACCCUCACGGGGUGACCUUCUCUCCUUACGAAGAUGGAGUCAAUUCUUCCUCCACCUCAGGCAAUCACACCAUGAUCAGACCGGUUCAACCGGGGGAAACCUUCACUUACAAAUGGAACAUUCUAGAGUUUGAUGAACCCACGGAAAAUGAUGCCCAGUGCCUAACAAGGCCAUACUACAGUGAUGUGGACGUUACAAGGGACAUUGCCUCUGGGCUGAUAGGGCUGCUUCUAAUUUGUAAGAGCAGGUCCCUAGACCAGAGGGGUGUACAGAGGGUGGCGGACAUCGAGCAGCAGGCCGUGUUUGCCGUGUUUGAUGAGAACAAGAGCUGGUACAUUGAGGACAACAUCAACAAGUUUUGUGAGAAUCCCGAAGAGGUGAAGCGUGAUGAUCCCAAGUUUUACGAAUCAAACAUCAUGAGCACUAUCAACGGCUACGUGCCUGAGAGCAUUUCCACUCUGGGAUUCUGUUUUGAUGACACUGUCCAGUGGCACUUCUGCAGUGUGGGAACUCAUGAUGAUAUUUUGACCAUCCACUUCACUGGACACUCGUUCAUCUAUGGGAGGAGGCACGAGGACACCUUGACCCUGUUCCCCAUGCAUGGUGAAUCCGUGACAGUCACAAUGGAUAAUGUUGGAACUUGGAUGUUGACCACCAUGAAUUCCAAUCCAAAACGCAGAAACCUGAGACUGAGGUUCAGAGAUGUUAAGUGUAUCCGGGAUUAUGACAAUGACGACUCGUAUGAGAUUUAUAAACCUCUUGCACCUACAUCCAUGACAACUCGGAAAAUUCAUGAUUCCUUAGAAAAUGAACUUGGCGCAGACGACGAAGAUUAUGAUUACCAGUCCAUACUGGCGUCAUCACUAGGAAUUAGGUCAUUCAGAAACUCAUCAUUGAAUCCAGAGGAAAAUGAGUUCAACCUCACAGCUCUCGCUCUAGAGAACAGCUCUGAGUUCAUAUCUCCAAGCACAGACAGAGUUGUUGACUCAAACUCUUCAAGAAUCCUUAGUAAGUUCACCAGUAAUAACCUCAAAGGCUCUCAAAGAACACAUCCUGGCUCAGGAGCCACCGUGGCUGGUACCCUCCUUGGAAACCUCAUUGGCUUAGAUGAGAACUUCGUCCUCAACCCUUCUAUAGAACAUCGUUCCAGCUCAUAUCAUGAAAAUGCUAUGGAAAAUCCACAGUCAAACAUCACAGUGGUAUACCUACUUCCUCUUGGUCCAAAAGGAUCAGGGAGUCGAGAACAAGCUAAACCUAAAACAAUCAAGACAGGAAGACCCCACAUGAUGAAGCACAGGUUCUCCUGGAUGAAAGCUCCAGCUGGUAAAACUGGGAGGCAUUCAAACCCAAAGAAUACUUAUUCCAGAAUGAAGUCUGAGGAGGACAUUCCUAGUGAUUUGUUACUCUUAAAACAAAAUAUCACAUCCAAAUUUCUGAAUAGACGAUGGCGUGUGGCUUCUGAAAAGGCUAGUUAUGAAAUAAUACCAGCAAAUGGUGAAGACACAGAUGUUGAUAAGCUGACAAACAGCCCUCAAAAUCAGAAUAUCACAAUGCCUUGGGGAGAGAGCACUGCUCACACAAACACAACAAGAAAGCCAAGUAACCUCCCAACAUUUUCUGGAGUUAGACAUAAAUCUCCACGUGUAAGACAGGAGGAAGAAAACGGUGGUUUUCAGAAAAGACAGUUAUUUAUCAGGACACGGAAGAAGAAGAAGAAUAAGAAGCUUGCACUACACAGUCCUCUAUCUCCAAGGGGCUUUUACCCUUUGAGAGGAGAUGACCAUCUCCCAUUUUCAGACAGGAGACUACUUAAUCACUCACUGUUACUCCGCAAGUUCAAUGACACAGCUCUUUCUACAGACCUGAAUCAGACCUCCCCUUCAAUGAGUAUGGACAGGUCAUUUCCUGACUAUAAUCAGUACGCAUCAAAUGACACUGAGCAGAUGAGCUCUUCUUUAGAUCUUUAUCAGUCAGUGCCCCCAGUAGAACAUUCUCCAACACUUCCUGCCCAAGAUCCUGAUCAAACACACUCUACCACAGAUCCUAGCUACAGAUCCUCUCCUCCAGAGCACAGCCAGGGGCUUGAUUAUGACCUAAGCCAUGAAUUUGACCCUGAUGACAUUGGUCAAACAUCUUUCUUUCCAAACCAAAGUCAAAAGUCAUCUCUCUCUUCAGAUGAUGACCAAGAAAUCCCUUCCUCAGACUUAACCCUCUUUACCAUCUCUCCAGAAUUGGAUCAGACAAUUAUUUACCCAGACCUGGAUCAGUUGCUCAUUUCUCCAGAUGACAACCAGAACACCUCCUCCCCAGACCUGGGUCAGGUGCCUCUUUUUCCUGAUGACAACCAGAAUUACUUCCUAGACCUGGGUCAGAUACAUCUCUCCUCAGACCAAAACCAGGAGACCUCCUCCACAGACCUUAGCCUACUGACUCUCUCUCCUGAUUUUGGUCAGACAGUCCUUCCCCCAGACUUGGAUCAGCUUCCCCUCUCUUCAGACAAUGGUCAGGUGACCCUUUCCCCAGACCUCAGCCUCUUGACCCUCUCACCAGAUUUUAAUGAGAUAAUCUUAUCCCCAGACCUUGGUCAAGUGACCCUCUCUCCAGACCUCAUCCAGACAAACCCCGCUCUUAAUCACCAGCACAAAACAUCCUCUGCAGACCCUGAUCAAGCAUCCUACCCUCCUGAUUCUGGUCAGGCUUCAUCGCUUCCAGAACUGAAUCAGACUCUUCCCCAUCCAGAUCUCAUUCACAUACCGCCUCCUUUACCAUCUCCCACACUCAAUAACACUUCUUUGUCGAGAAAAUUUAACCCUCUUGUUGUAGUAGGUCUCAGUAGAGUGGAUGGGGACGACGUUGAGAUUGUUCCAAGUGAAGAGCUACAGAGAAUAGAUGAAGAUUAUGCUGAGGAUGACUAUGUAACCUAUAAUGACCCCUACAGAACAGACAUUAGGACAGAUGUCAACUCCUCCAGAGAUCCUGACACUAUUGCAGCAUGGUACCUCCGUAGCCACGGUGGAAACAAAAAAUUCUACUACAUUGCAGCUGAAGAAAUAUCGUGGGAUUACUCAAAGUUUGCACAAAGUGAAAUGGACCAUGAAGACAUAGGCCACACUGCAAAGGACACCACAUACAAGAAAGUCGUUUUCAGAAAAUACCUUGAUAGCACUUUCGCACGUCGUGAUCCUCGGGCAGAAUAUGAGGAACACCUCGGCAUUCUCGGUCCUGUGAUCCGGGCUGAAGUGGAUGAUGUGAUCCAAGUUCGAUUUAAAAAUUUGGCAUCCAGACCAUAUUCUCUUCAUGCCCACGGACUUUCCUAUGAAAAAUCCUCAGAGGGGAAGAUUUAUGAUGAUGAAUCUCCUGAAUGGUUUCAGGAAGAUGAUGCUGUCCAGCCCAAUAGCAGUUACACCUAUGUAUGGCAUGCCACCGAGCGCUCGGGGCCAGAGAACCCUGGCUCUGCCUGCCGGGCUUGGGCCUACUAUUCUGCGGUGAAUGUGGAGAGAGACAUCCACUCAGGCUUGAUCGGCCCCCUUCUGAUCUGCCGGAAAGGAACUCUUCACAGGGAGAGCAACCUGCCUAUGGACAGGAGAGAGUUUGUCUUACUCUUCAUGGUCUUUGAUGAGAAGAAGAGCUGGUACUAUGAAAAGUCCAAAGGGUCAUGGAGAAUUGAAUCCCCAGAAGCAAAAAAUUCCCACGAGUUUUAUGCAAUUAAUGGGAUGAUCUACAACCUGCCCGGCCUGAGAAUGUACGAGCAAGAGUGGGUGAGGCUACACCUGCUGAACCUGGGCGGCUCCCGAGAUAUUCACGUGGUUCACUUCCACGGCCAGACCCUGCUGGAUAAUAGGACCAAACAGCACCAGUUAGGGGUCUGGCCCCUUCUGCCUGGUUCAUUUAAAACUCUUGAAAUGAAGGCAUCCAAGCCUGGCUGGUGGCUCCUAGACACAGAGGUUGGAGAAAACCAGGUAGCCGGCAUGCAAACCCCAUUUCUCAUCAUAGACAAAGAGUGUAAGAUGCCAAUGGGACUAAGCACUGGUGUCAUAUCUGAUUCACAGAUCAAGGCUUCGGAAUAUCUGACUUAUUGGGAGCCCAGAUUAGCACGAUUAAACAAUGCUGGUUCAUAUAAUGCUUGGAGUAUAGAAAAAACUGCAUUAGAUUUUCCCAUUAAACCUUGGAUCCAGGUGGACAUGCAGAAGGAAGUUGUAGUCACCGGGAUACAAACCCAAGGUGCUAAACACUACCUAAAGUCUUGCUUUACCACGGAGUUCCAAGUGGCUUACAGCUCUGACCAAACCAACUGGCAGAUCUUCCGAGGGAAGAGCAGGAAGAACGUGAUGUAUUUUACUGGCAAUUCAGAUGCCUCUACAAUAAAAGAGAAUCGACUUGACCCACCGAUUGUGGCUAGAUACAUUAGGAUACACCCAACAAAAUCCUAUAACAGACCCACCCUUCGGCUGGAGCUGCAGGGCUGUGAGGUGAACGGAUGUUCUACACCACUGGGCCUGGAAGAUGGAAGGAUUCAAAACAAGCAAAUUACUGCAUCUUCAUUUAAAAAGUCAUGGUGGGGAGACUACUGGGAGCCUUCCCUUGCUCGCCUGAAUGCCCAGGGCAGAGUGAACGCCUGGCAAGCCAAGGCAAACAACAACAAGCAGUGGUUACAAGUCGAUCUGCUCAAAAUCAAGAAGGUAACAGCCAUUGUCACGCAGGGCUGUAAGUCUCUAUCCUCUGAGAUGUACGUGAAGAGCUACAGCAUCCAGUACAGCGACCAGGGUGUGGCAUGGAAACCUUACAGGCAGAAAUCUUCCAUGGUGGACAAGAUUUUUGAAGGAAAUAGCAACACCAAGGGGCACAUGAAGAACUUUUUCAACCCGCCCAUUAUUUCCAGAUUUAUCCGCAUCAUUCCUAAAACAUGGAACCAAAGCAUUGCACUUCGCCUGGAACUCUUUGGCUGUGACAUUUAUUAGAAUUAAAUUCCAAAAAGAAAAGAAAAAAAAAAAAAAGGAAAAGAGAGAAUGAAAGCUGAAGAAACUCCUUCAGACCUAAACCAUUUAGAGCAGGCCAUAUAGCAUGGAUAUUUUAAAUGUUAACAAACGUUCUGCUGUUUUUUUUUUCUAGUUGAGAAUAAAGCUUUAUAUGAGAAUCUUUUACAAUGUUCCUUCAUCGCUGCCAUUAAGUGAGAUGGCGGCUAUUGUUUCUUCACUGAUUUGAAUGUAAAUGGGGAAAUAUUAAGACCCAGCAAGAAUAUGACUGUCUUUCACUAUGAUUAAAGACAUUAUAUAAUGUAA